UGGGAUAAUCGGGCAACUUUUCAAUGUUAUUUCAAAAGCAGCCGGCGACAUUGCGGCUAAAUGCCAUGUCUUCUUCAGUCAGCUGCUCGUCUGACACCUUGCGUACUUCUUUCUCCUGGCAUCCAUAUACCCCGCGACUACUAUUGAAUCAUAUCCAACAACCCGCUAUCAUACCACAACCCUUGUACUGUCGUUGAGAAGAAGACAUUUUGCACACAAUCAUGGCACCUGCUCGGACAGAUGACUUGGGCUCAAGGAAGCCCCGCGUCGUGGCACUCGGCACCCCAAAAUAUGUCGGCGACGACUACCUCGCCGACUUCGAGACCGAGUUCGACUAUUCCGUUCUCGAAGCCACAAACCGAGCAGAAACGAUAGCCAUGCUGCCAGAGGAUAUCGGGAAGAACGGCCCUAUCGAUGCCUUCAUCAUCCGCAUGGGCACGCCGCCAUACGAGCCGUUCGACAAGGGUCUCUUGAGCGCUCUGGCACCCAAUUGCAAAAUCAUCACGUCCGCUAGCGCCGGUUACAACGAGUUCGACGUGGAGUGGAUGGCCUCGGAAGGCAUCUGGUUCUGCAACACGGUCGACGCCGUGGCCGAGGCGACGGCGGAUAUGGCCUUGUUUCUGACGCUGGCUGUUCUGCGCAACACGAGCAAUGCUGAGAAGAGCUCAAAGGCCGGGACAUGGAGAGCGGUUCAGGGGCUUGUUCCUGGGAGAGAUCCGUCUGGCUUGACUAUGGGUAUUGUCGGGAUGGGGGCUAUUGGCAAGUACCUAGCAAAGAAAGCAGCCGUCUUCAACCUCAAGAUCAGAUACCACAACCGCCACCAGCUUCCCGCGGAAGAUGAAGCAAAGUACAACGCGGUUUACUGCCCAACACUAGAGGACCUUCUCGGCAAGUCCGACAUUGUGUCACUCAACUGCCCGCUAAACGACCAGACGACUGGCCUGAUCGGAUCCGCGGAAUUUGCAGCAAUGAAAGAUGGCGUCUUCAUCGUCAACACCGCCCGCGGGCCCGUCAUCAAUGAGGCGGCGCUCAAGGAUGCCCUGGACUCUGGCAAAGUGGCGCGCGCUGGCCUCGACGUUUUCUGCGACGAACCCAAGCCCGACAUGGCAUUGGUGCAGCAUGAUAACGUUAUUGCGCAACCUCAUCUUGGUGGCCUCACAGACAUGGCUUUCCAAAAGGCCGAGAGAGAAUGUUUUGAGAAUAUCCGGGCAUUGUUCAAGAGGGGGAAGCCUAAUUCUCCUGUUAUCGACAUCCAUGACAGGAAAGCAAAGGCUUCGGUUAAGUGAGCCAAUAGACUUGGCGACAAUUUUUAGCUUUUGGGGGAGAUCUAGGAUCUGAAGGCAGUAAUCUAGUAGCAUGAAGCAUUAGCAUCAUACACUUUCUAGAGCGGCUCGCACAGAGUUGCGUCGACUCAACAAUGCUUCAAACAGACUCAAUACCCCGAGUUCUACAUCGAAACUCUGUAAGGUGGUAUCAGACAGAAUCAUAGAUCUUAGCUUGACAAGUUUCGUAUACUUACGUUCAGG